UUCCCCCCAAAGCUUUUGGUCCCCAAAUUUUGUUGUGAUCGACGAAGUCCACUAGUCGUUCCUGACGAGCGCACGCAGUGAAGCUUGAAGAAAGCCGGCGACGAGGUCAAACAAAUGGUCGGAGACGCAAAGAGACGACGCUCGAUGAGGCUCCAAGCCGGACGAGACGAGCGCGGAGGCUCAGGCUCAGGCUCUGAUGAUGAUUUCGAAACAUCUGCACAGGAGUUUGUAGAGCAUAUUCGAAACGAUCCCGAGAUGGCAGAAAUGGUGCUCACACCGGAGGAGGAGGCUAGGUAUCCGACUAUUAAGACUCGUGGUACCACGAGGCAGCUCUUGAGAGCAGUGAGUUCUCUCAAUGCAAGGCAACGGCAGGCGGUGAGGGAAAUCGGUUUUGGGCACCUUCUGCAUUUGGGAUUCAGGGAAACUCCGCAACGGUUAGGCCACUGGUUGGUCACUAACUUCAAUCCGUGCGACCUGUCAUUGACGGUUCAAGGGGAUAGGAAGAUUCGGAUUGGCAGGGAGGACGUUGCUGCGUGUCUUGGACUUCCGAUGGGUGGAGUUGCAAUCACCGUACGGGGGAAACACGAGGUCGGUCCAAUGCUGCGCGAGUGGAGGAGUAUCUUAGGUUCCCCGGAAGGCAAUAUCACGCCUACAGAGGUGUGUGAUGCUUUACUGGCAGAUAAAGCCGGUGGUGCUUGGUUUAAGCGCCAUUUCUCGGUUAUCGUGGCUACCACAUUAAUUGAGAGCAACCAGAACGGGUAUGCUAAUCAGCAGAUACUUCACAUGCUCGAUGAUGUGAUGCAGAUUGAGAAUCUGGAUUGGUGUGGUUACCUACUUCAGCGCUUGGUGCACACCCAUGGUGAUUGGUCGGAGCAUAAGGUCCAGAAAUACACCGGACCCAUAGUGUUCCUUACUAUCCUAUACAUGGAUCGUGUGGUGUUUGGCAGCCGGAGUGUUCCUAGGUUUUAUCCUGCACUCAGGGGGUGGACCACUAAACUUCUGAAUCAGCGGCAACUCCAAGAGAUAAAGGGUGGGGGGUUUGGGAUGGGCGACAUUGACGUGCCGUUGAGGCCUGGAAUGAGCUUUCCUUCACUCCCUGCCUCCGUGCCAGGUUCGCCAACGGUGCUCGAUGGUCUCUCACAUCAUGUACCAGGGCGUACGGACCAAGCUAGUGAGCCGCAGAUUUUUCUCGCUCAGUUUACCGACACAGUAAAAGCACUUGCUGCUUCAGUGGUGGACAUGGUAGAAAUGGUGAGACAUGCCCCCCCAAAGGUUGCGUUAGACGAGAAUUUCAAGCAUAUGGUGGAUGUAACGCAGAUGCUGUUGGGGUUGAGGGAAGUUCCUUCGAGUGACCGGGGUCUGCGGGACAAUCCCUUUUGGGCCAAGCCAGAGAACCUCAAAACGUUGGACGUUAUAGAGAAAGCUAUUGCGAUGAGGGAAGCCCUUAGAGACAUGCCUAGUUUUAGCCCGGGUCCGACCCAAGACGUCAAGAUGCUUGACUCAACAGACAUGGAGGUUAUAGAGAAAGCUAUUGAGAUGAGGGAAGCCCUUAGAGACAUGCCUAGUUUUAGCACGGGUUUGACCCAAGACGUCAAGAUGCCUAACUCGACAGAGAUCAAUGGGGACGGCAGGGAGUUCACAGCUGCUGCCACGACAUUAGUGGCAUUGGACGAAGGACAUCCCGCCCAGGAAAGUGUGGCGCUGGACGAAGGACAUCCCGCCCAGGAAAGUGUGGCGCUGGACGAAGGACAUCCCGCCCAGGAAAGUGUGGCGUUGGACGAAGGACAUCCCAUCGAGGAAAGUGUGGACAGAUGUUGUUGUGUGACCCGAGACACACAACUUGCUUAGUUUAAAACACAUUACCAAUCCCCACACAUAAAAACGUUGCGCAUGUUUAUUGUUUUGUAGUCGGGGAAAAAGCCCUUGCACUCAUGUUUAACUUGUCCAGAGUAUGUAGUUGCGCAUCGAGUGGACUCUCAAGUAUAUAUAGAACUCAA